AUGCAGUCAGAUGCUGAGGAAGACGGCGGAGCUGGCCUUCGUCGCUAUGCCAUGCAAAAGGAUUCUGAUCUGGGCGAAAAUGUAGAAAAUAAUAAUGGAGAUGUUACACCGUUCAACGACACAGAUGCCGAUGGCCAGCUCCAUGACCGCCAAGCGAGGACAGCUUACUAUAAUUCUGCCGCCGAGAAAUCGCUGAGCCAUGCCGAAGCAAAACUGUUCUUCCAGAGACAUCAGUUAGAGAUAUCCCAACAUGAUGCAGAGGCUGAGAGCCCUUUGGCUAGGGCAAGAACCUUUUCUUCAACUGUGGAUGGCGACGGAGGCCUUAGUCGGACAACGAGCGCAGCAUCGCGACGCAGUGGCCGGGGGUAUGCUCAACGGGACAGGAACUCGAGACUUGUUGAAGGGAUCCCAAAUUCACCCACCUUGAAGGGCAAAGACUUGCGUGGUACGGGUGACGAGGUCCACUUCGACGAUAGCCAUCUCGAUACAGAGGAAGCCGUUGGACAUGAGACUGAGCUCGAAGGUGUCUUGGAAGAGCUUGAUAUCCCAGCUCCAGACAUCUCACCGGAACUCAGCGCUAUCUCAAUCAAUAUCAAGAGGGUCUUGGACAUAAGGCACAAGUACGUCAAUCUGUCACUACAGGGUGCUGGCAACAACCCUAAGGAUGGUUCGAACUGGAGAAUAUAUCCACCACCGCCAAAUCCUACUUGGGAUGAUAAUAAAAACCGCCCAAUCGGUCAGACUUCUGGUUCAAACAGUCUGAGUAACAGCAAGGUUUUAACAGCCGACUCUGACCGUUUGCAAACCAACUGUUUGCCUGGUAGCUCUCAAAAUAGAGACUCGACCCAGCAGCAGCUCCCGGUGUCGCCUACAGUGAAGCGCAGGAAACCAGGCCAAGACAUUGGGGAGGAUUUUGAUAUGCUGGAUCUUUUGCCGUUGCCUGGUAAGGAUGAAAUCGUCUCAUUUAAGCUUGACCAAGGCAGCGUCUACCAAAUCUUCGAGACGACUCAACUUGCGCGAAAUACUAGCCCCAUUGUAAUAGUUCCAACUCUGCGAGAGUUCUACAUUGACAUGGACCAAGUCCAGAAUGUCUCUUCUGAUGGACCCACCAAGAGCUUUGCCUUUCGGCAGCUAGAUAUCUUGGAGGGAAGGUUUCAUCUAUACUUUCUCGUCAAUUCAUACCAGGAAACGGCAGACUGCAAAAGAGUGCCCCACAGAGAUUUCUACAACGUCAGGAAGGUCGACACACAUGUACAUCAUUCCGCCUGCAUGAAUCAGAAGCAUUUGCUGCGCUUCAUAAAGAGUAAGAUGAAGAAAUCGCCAGACGAGGUUGUUAUGUUUCGAGAUAACAAGGAAUUGACAUUGAAGGAAGUUUUCGAAAGUAUCAAUCUGACCGCGUAUGAUCUGAGUAUUGAUACUCUUGAUAUGCAUGCCCACACUGAUUCGUUCCAUCGCUUUGACAAAUUCAACCUCAAAUACAACCCUAUCGGAGAAUCAAGGCUCAGAGAAAUCUUUCUAAAAACUGACAAUUAUAUCAAAGGUCGCUACCUCGCUGAAAUCACAAAGGAGGUCAUUUCCGACCUAGAAUCUAGCAAGUACCAAUUUGUUGAAUGGCGGGUCUCUAUCUAUGGCAGAUCCAUUGAUGAGUGGGACAAGCUCGCUGCUUGGGUCAUUGAUAACAAGUUGGUCUCACACAAUGUGCGUUGGCUCAUACAGAUUCCCAGACUCUUCAGCAUGUACAAAGCCAACGGUCAAAUGGACACCUAUGAAGAGAUCAUCAUCAACAUAUUCCAACCGCUCUACGAAGUCACCAAUGACCCUUCGAGCCAUCCUGAGCUCCACGUUUUUCUCCAGCGUGUGAUCGGCUUUGACAGUGUUGACGAUGAAAGCAAGGUCGAGACUCGACUAUAUAGGAAGUAUCCACCACCGAAAGAGUGGGACACCAAACAAAAUCCACCGUACACUUACUGGAUCUAUCACUUGUUUGCCAAUAUGACGUCCUUGAAUGUCUGGCGCAAACGGCGCGGUUUCAAUACAUUCGUACUUCGACCGCAUUGUGGUGAAGCCGGCGACGUAGAUCAUAUCGCAGCAGCCGUGCUCUGCUGCCACAGCAUAAGCCAUGGUCUAAUGCUUAGGAAGGUACCGCUACUACAAUACAUCUUCUAUCUCGACCAGAUUGGCAUUGCAAUGUCACCUUUGAGCAAUAAUGCCCUUUUCCUCGCGUAUGAGAGAAAUCCUUUCUCGAAAUACUUCAAGCGUGGUCUGAACGUCUCACUGUCUACCGAUGAUCCAUUGCAAUUCGCUUUCACAAAAGAACCUCUGAUCGAAGAGUAUUCGGUUGCAGCACAGAUUUAUAGAUUGAGUGCGGUUGAUAUGUGUGAGCUCGCUCAUCAUUCCGUGAUUCAAAGCGGCUUCGAGCAUGAAUUGAAGCAGAGAUGGCUCGGCCCCGACUAUCACCUUCCUGGCGUGACUGGCAAUAAUGUCGCCAAGAGCAACGUACCCAAUAUUAGAGAGAAAUUCCGGCAUGACACAUUGGUGCAAGAACUCGAAAUGCUAGAACGAUAUGCGGCCGCAUUCCCCUUGGUUCAGACGAUGGCUACGCCUAUCAAAGCGCCUCCGUCUCCUGCUGCGGCAAUGCAUUCGUCUCAAAGAAAUUCCUCGCGUGCAGCGCGUAUACCUGCGUCCAAUUCUAUUGCUGACGUGAGAAGCCUCGAUCUUCAGCGCACAGGGCGAGAUCACAGUAGACCUGCCAGGUCGUCAUCAACGAUCAUGUCGCCAUCACAAGCUAAGGGCACAUCUUGGAUCGACGGAACGCCUCCGCCGCCACGGAUGUUUCCAGGAGUCGUGCAUGAGAGGACCAGAAGGCGAAGUCUGCGACAAGGGAGUAGUUCGGAGCAGGACACGAACGCUAAGAACGUCAAUGUCACAACAGCACCGAGGCCUCUAGUAUGGGAGCAAGACGACAAAGGCCUGCAGAAAGCGGUGGCAGAGGAGCCCGAUAAGCAGGGAGACCGGGAGAAAGCCUCGAGAUAG